AUGGGCUGGCCUGUCCCAUCUUUGCCCAGCGUGAUACCAGCCCGCAAAAAAUGUGAUGGGGUGGACUGUGGUGGCCCACCUGGUGAUGUUUUAGUAAUUAAACCCACACUUAUACCCGCUCUUGAAUCUUCCACCCUUGUCUUUGAAUUCUAUUCAGCGAGCAAGCAGGUUUAUAGACAUAGAAAACUUCGGAGUUUUACUUCUGAUUCUAGUUCUUGCGGUGAUCGAGUUGCACAUGAAGAUUCAAACUCAUUUCAACUGGGGUGGAGAUCUUCAAAACAAUCGUUUGGAACUCCCGUGAAGAAGUUAUUAGCUGAAGAACUGUCCCGGGAAACUGAACGCAAAAGAAGAGCUCCCGGUGUCAUAGGCAGAUUAAUGGGUCUUGAUGGGCCUGCUAAUAAGCAUCAUAAGGCUGUGUCACUAAACAAUCUAAAAGGGACAACAGGGACCGCGAAAACACGAAGCAGUGGUACAUUGUAUGGCGGUCAAUCAUCUAGGAGAAGCUCAAAGCAUCAGCAACAGUUUAAGGAUGUGUUUGGGAUCUCAGAUAUCCAAAAGGUACAGAGUUGUCGGCGUUCAUCGCAAGGGUCUGUAGAGUUGAAGAUCACGGAUGCUGAAAUGUCGUUUAUAGAACAGAAAUUCGUGGAUGCCAAGCGCUGUGCAACUUAUCAGGAUUUACAGUCUUCUCAGGAUUCCCAUGAUACACUUGAGAUUCUAGACUCUAACAGUGAUCUUCUGCAAGAAUACUUUAAGCGGCCGGAUUCUUUGUUUAAAAGGUACCUAGAUGAUCUGCAUGCUGCUCCUCCCCAAUCACAUUUUCGUCACAUUGAAGGUACAAAAUCAUCUGAUAUGGCGAUGAAAGGGUUGAAUUACAACAGAUCUCAUCAGAAGCAUUAUGAUGAUUAUUCAUGUCAUUUUGCCAGAAGACAUGUUACACAUAGUUCCCCAAAAUCAUCAAAGUUUCCCUUUAAGGGAAGAAAUGCGCCCCAUGCAGUCCCAACAAGGAUUGUUGUCCUGAAACCUAAUCUUGGAAAAGUGCAGAAUGCUACCAAAAUUGGUUCAUCAAUUUGUUCUUCAAAUACUGUCCUAUCUGAGUGUGGACAACAUGCUGAAUUUUCAGAUAUCAAAUAUAGGGGCACUGAACUGAAUCAGAGGAAAAAAUUUCCUGAUAAUACUUGGCAUUCAAGGCAAAAUUCAUCGGAAUCAAGAGAAAUUGCAAAGGAAAUCACGAGCCAAAUGAAAAAUAGUUUGAAUAAUGGCUCCAUGAUAUUUUCAUCUUCUAGAUUUAGAGGAUAUACUUGGGAUGAUAGCUCAUGUCGUUUUUCUGGGAAUGAAUCUCCUGAGGAAUCAGAGGUAACACCUACAACUUUAGGAAAGUCAUUUGACAUGAGUAAAACUUUCAGCCCAUCUUCCCAUUUUGGUGAAUCAUCUGUGAAUAGGGAGGCAAAGAAGAGAUUAUCGGAGAGGUGGAAAAUGUCUCUCAACUCUCAACAGGGCCAUUCCAUCUCCAGGAGCGGUACACUUGUUGAAAUGCUUGCUUUCCCUGACAAGGAAAUGAAAACAGCUAAUUUUCACAGUAUCUCUUGUGGGGAAGGUUUACGUGACAAACUUGCUAGCAAUGUUAAAUCUACUGGGAGGGUUGAACCAUUGGGUAUUAGCAGUAGGGAUGGUUGGAAGGAUGGAUGUAUCGGAAGUUUACGAAGAUCUAAGUCUCUUCCUGCAUCAUCUACGGCCUUUGGAAGUCCCAGAACAAUUUUGCGCCAUGAAGCUCUCUGUGAUGAUCAAUUUAUGAUGCCAAAUGAGGCCUGUAAACGGGAAAGGAGAAAAGUAGUGAAAUGUCUUGAUCAGAAACAGUGCAUGAAUACCAGAAGCUCAAAAUCUGGUCACAAGAAGUCUUGGCGUUCUCAUUCAUCAAAUAUGGAAAGCCAUGAAUCCUCUAUUAAGGAGUUAUCAGAUGGGUCUUCCGGUAAAAAUUCUGUCCCUUUGCAAACACCUAUAUCAGGACUUGAAUCCUCAUUCUGUAAAGAUGCGGAUCAACCCAGUCCAGUCUCAGUACUAGAACCUUCAUUUACUGAUGAUCUGUCAUCUUGUUCAGAAUGUUUUGAAACUCUGAGUGCUGACAUACAAGGGCUUCGAAUGCAACUCCAGUUGCUGAAGCUGGAAUCUGAAGAAUUUGUGGAAGGACCCAUGCUAAUUCAAAGUGAUGAAGAUGAAGGGGAAGCAUCUACUGGAAUUUCAGAAGACAAUGGAUUACGUAAGACUGGAGAUAGCUGGGAGACUUCCUACAUGAUUGCUGUCUUGUCCAAAUCUGGUAUUGAUAGAGCUGAGCCGUAUGCAUUUUUGAAAGUUUGGCAUUCUCGGGAAUGCCCUCUUAGUCUUUCAGUGUUUGAUGAACUUGAAAAGAGGUACUCUGAUUGGACUAGUUGUCCAAGGUCCGAAAGGAGAUUGCUUUUUGAUUGUAUAAAUACAGGAAUUAUCAAUAUAUACGAGCAAUUCAUGAGUGCACAGCCAUGGGUAAGCCCUACUACAACCGCAAAUGUUUGUUCGAAAUUAAUUAUAAAUGGGCUCCAAGACUGUUUGUUCAGGAUGCUGGGGAGCCAAGGAAUAGCAAAGAAUACCGAAUUGGGGAAGGUGCUGGUGAGCGAAUUGCAGUGGUUGAACUUAAGAGAUGACAUUGAUGGAAUAGGUAGGGAAGUUGAGAGCUUGUUGCUAGAUGAUCUAGUGGCAGAGAUAGCCGUUACAUAGGUAUUUUGCACCUGAACAUAUUGCUCUGGGAUGUUGCCUAAUACAUAAAUCAAGUAGUAAAAAUGACUAUUUCACAAGACGAAUAAAAGAAUCAGUCAUUUUUGCUUCAGACAAAAAUGAAGAUGCCAAUCAUUCGACAGAGAAUGGAAGAAAAUUCGCUAUGGUGACUUUCAAUGUUGCAUUUAAUACGAUGAAAUACUGUCUACAUAAAUGUUGGGCCUCGACUGCUAUGAAUUGUAAAAAGUAAAAACUAGAUGACUCGUUAUUUCUUACCGACUUAAAUAGGAGCGUAUUCUUGAGUUGGUUUUACUUUUACCUCUGUGAACAUCGCCAUAUACCAAAUGAAAAUAAAAUGGUUCAAAU